AUGCCCCCACCGGUUUGUUCCAAGUGUCGCUUCUCCCUUGCCAUAGAGGGCGAUUUGUGGUGCCUGGGCUGCGCUGGCUGGGAAGCCAUUGGACGCGAGCUCGGAGGACAUUGGGACAUAGGUGGAGCCAAAGUUUUGGCCAACGACCUUGUGCUAAAUUGCUCUAGGCAAGUGAGAGCUCUACGUUCCUUGGGGGCAGGUAUCUCUACCGGGGGGGGCAGAUCAGUUGAAGCUGGCCAAAGCCGUGCUUCUGUAGCACCUCCACCACCAGCUCCUGGCCGAGACCAAGGUGACAGGGACACCCGAACUAGGAGUGAACUUCCUCGACAACGUGCCACCUUUAACUUGCCUCGACCUCCUUCCCCACCUCGAAGGGCAAAAGAAGAGCAGGUGACAGAACCUUUGAGUGAAGAAGAGGAGGAGGAAGAAGAGGAGGACGAGGAAGGCGACGAUCCUGAGGUGAGAGGCGAUCACACCGUUCAGCUGGCCACAGCCGUGCUGAGCGAAGUCGAUCACGAAGAAGAGACCGAACCAGAGGUUCUCACACACGUCAAUCGAAGCCACGGAGGAGAACCAAAAGAGCUGGGAGGAAACAUCAACGACUCAAACGCCUGGCAGAGGAUCCUUUGUUGCGAGUCCAUCGAAAAGCUGGACCAGGCUUGGAGCGCCCUUUCACCCGCGCGCGGCCAGAUUUUAGAGGUUGCGCUGGGGCAAAGCAAUUUCCACGAGGCGCCGGCCGUUUGGGCCGCCUUUGUGAUUGUACGAGUGUCCACCCUUUUAGAUGGAUCACUAGUUCUGGAAUGCCGUUUCCUGGGGUCCGAAGAUACUUCAGUGGAUGGCCGUCUGGACACCGAUUUCAACACAGAAGGGAAUUCAAUUCACCUUUGCUUGUCGCGGCCUUGUUUAGAUAUUUCAGAAGGCGAGCCGGACCUCGCGGACUUUUUGCAUGCAACCAGAGUGCGUUUGUGGAGCGCGUCACGUUUUGUGGAGGUUUGCCCUUACCUUUCGGAUGCUCAGAAAAAGAAUGUGAACAAGUUUUUGAAGAGCUCUACAGAAAAACCAAAGGCUCCCAGGACUCCUCGUGCCAAAGCAGCUACCGCAAAAACUGCACCAAAAGAAAAGAAAGACAGAGGCAAGCCUGGAGAAACUGGAGGAAAAGCCGCCCCUCGCCGCAAGCCUGCCCUUCGCACUCCCAAAGAGACAGAACCUGGGGACCCAGAUAUCCGGGCAUCCAAAGAGGAGCUGCGGCAGAAGUUGAAGGCUUUGCGGGUCAGACUUCAGGGCGAUGGGAAGGAAGAAGAUCAGGAGUAUUCUCCGGGAACCUUGGUCGACGAGGAGCAGAAGGAUGGGCUAGAUGUAGACAGCUCAGACUCUGUGCAGGCAGAUGGCCUGACGACAGGAGCCAACUUGGAUCCUCUUUCUCCAGAGCUGGCGAAAGCCGUUGCUCGGAAGGACAAACUCCGCCGCUCUCGACGUCAUACAGGCGGGGAAGAUGCGCUCGCCCUGGUGGAUACAAAAGACACCACUUCGAAAAGCUUGAGCGGCCAACUGGUCCAGAAAGCUCUGGAAGUGACUCGUCAGAGGAAAGCAAAGAGCUCGUCCAAGAAGAAGAAGAAGGUGUCAGGGAAGACGGAUAUGGAGCGGCUUUCCAAUGUCCUGGUCAAGGCAUUGCAGAAAGCCAGUGGGGUAACCCCCAAGGAGACCGAGGCCACCAAGAAGAAGAAGAAGCGCAAACGCAGAAUGUUGAGGGAUGGAACGAUAGUGACCUCAAGCGCCAGCUCAGGAGCUUCCUCGGGGGCGGAGACAGAAGAGCCCUCAAGCGACGAGGACCUGCAAGCACCGCUCAGAAAGAAAUCCAGGGACCGCCCAGGAAGCGUUUUGCAGCUCCUGGUGGCCCACAUCAGGGACCAGUUGGACCAAAGCGCCCUGACAGAGACCGGCCAGGCUUCAGCCGUGGUGACUGGGGGUGUGAAGGUCAUGACCUACUUCAACAUCCAUGUCAAGGGCGCCUAUCCUCAACACCUUCGAGAGUUGAGGGAGAUGUUUCAUUUGGCCUCAUGCAUAGAUGCUAUUCGAUCUGGGGACGUAGCUCGCUGCGCAGACGGCUUAGCAGCGCGGUUCAUAGCUCUACAUCAGCCCUUAGUGGACGGAAAUUGGGGAACAGCUCGUCACUUGGAGCUGCAUGCUAUGGAAGACGUGACCGCUGCCAGCCCGUCCGCCAUUUUGGCGACGCGGCGACAUGCGAAACUGGUUUCAAAAAUGCAGGGCUACCCCUCCAGCUCCUGGGUUCCGGGAGCCGGCCGCGGCCGUGGAGGAAAGGGCAAGAACGAGUGGAGCUACGGCGACACCAGAGGCGAAGCAAAAGGAGAAGGCAAGACAAAGAACAAAGGAAAGAAGGGCAAAGGACGCUGGGACAAUCGCCCCAACUGGGACACUCCCCGCAGCAAAGACUGGGAGAAGAACAAAGAGAAGCCAGAG